AUGUUAAAUUACCCAAACCCGAGUCGAGCGGCGCGUCUCAAGAAGGCGGGACGAGAGGGUUACAGGAGAGUGAAAAAAGCGGCGAUUGUCGCAUGGACGAAGACAGCCCGCGCCGCGGAGCGUUUGAGGCGCGUGGCGUUCGCAUUCCUGCCAUCCUCAGGCUCGAAGCGCGUCGACCGCCGUCGUUCCGCCGUAUCGACAUCAUCCGUCGUCCCCCGUGCUGCCUCCCCUGUCACAUGCGCAAGAACCCCUCAAGCCGCGGCAGCAGCAUCGACGGAGUACGGCCGCGAAAGCCGGAGCCGAUGGGGACGUGCGAGUCCUUUCAACGCAAGCCCCUGUCUCCCCUUCCGCGUCUUCCCUUCCGCGCUUCUUCCGCCGCGUUUUUGCUUCCGCGGUGGUUCCCCUCGCUCCACCGCGUCUACCGCCGCCUCGACCGAGUCCGCCAAUGCCAAUCGCGCCGUUUCCUCUUCCGCCGCCGCCUCUCGCGCAGCUAGCAGCUCUCCGCCGCUAGCUGGCCCCGCAGUAGACUCCACCGCCGCAUCCACCCCUUUCUUCGCUUCCGCCUGCAUUACUAACCAAUCCGCUGCUUCCACGUCAUUCAGCAGCGUUUCCGUGUGUUCCUCAUUACCUAGAAACACCUCUUCCUCUUCCUCCGCUCCUUCAUUUUCCGCACGUCGUAAUAAAUCUGACUUGCUCACCAACCCCGCCGUCGCCGCUUCCGACUUUGGUUUCGCCCUCUCUCCGCCUGCUUUUGAAGAGGCCGAUUCUCACGCCGAAACUCACGCCGCAACUCACGCCGCUUCCCUCGACGAUGGUUCCGCGUCUUGGAAGCGCACCAUGUCGAUAGCGAUCCCCGCAUGCGGAGAGGCGCGGGAGGCCGACUCGGAAGGAGGAGUGGCGGGGAAAGAGCCGGGGGAAACGGCGGAAGCGGCGGAGGAACUGGCGGAGUGCGAUCGCCUGAGCGCCUGCGCGCAGGACUCUACGCCGAGAAAGGGUCGGGGCGCGCUGGCGGAAAAUCUGGCGUCGGCGCUGGCGGACGAUCUAAGCGGGGCGGAGCUGGCGGACAGUGCAUCGGGGCCAGCGCACAUCUCAAGCAACAUAUUGGACGGCGCAGCGAGUGGCGGAAAUGCAAUUUCCGCCCUUAGCCCCCCGCCUCCUUCCACCUCUCGGUUCCUCUCCGCUCUACGCUCGUCUUUCAGGCGCUCAUCUGCUGACGUGGUGCCUGUCGUGGUUGCGGGUUCGAAUCCGAGGGACAGUGUAACUCCUGUUGUUACUGCGAAAAUCCAGAAGCAGCAAUGGCGCCGUCGAAAUAUUCACCAACAGGCGUUCUGGCGUGUGAGGCCGAUUCUUGGAGUCCCCCUUAUGAGCAGCACCGCGACAAUGUAA